AUGCCGGGCAGCUCUCUCCCACCUGAUUUCAUAAACUCUUUAAAGGUUCCUGCAUCUAGCAAUACAGAAGUGGGAUGCGAAGCCGAGGAUGACGAUGGUCCAGCUCAAACGACGUCCAAAUUGGUUGAGGAUGGCUCCGUUGGCUCUUCGACUCAAGCCAAGUCCAACGUCGAUAAAGAGUUAGGACGCCAGGUCUCAGUAGUGUCAAAGGAAAGAAAGCUAGCAAGGUCCAAACUGACUCUGGUCGCCUUGGUUAAACGGCUUGCCGCUAUUAAUCGACCAUUAAGCAAACAGGAGGUGGUCAAAACCGGUAAUACAAAACCGAGUCUGAAUUUGCUUGACAUGCCGAUGGACAUUUUGGUGAUUGUUCUCGACAACUUGGAAUUUGCCGACGUCGAAAUUCUUCGAUACGUCUGCAGAACGUUCUAUUAUAACAUUGAACCGCUCCAUCUCCACCCCAUGUUGCACGGUCGCUGCAUGAUUGUGAAAGUUUUCCGCCGCUUGUACAGUUCGUCCCUGUUGCCCAACGUUCGCGAAGGUGAUCGACUUCUCACCAAAGACGAAAUCAAAGAAAAGCUCCAAGUGGCCUGCCCCCUAUGUCUUUAUGUCUGGCCUCACGGCUCUCGACUUCGCUGCCCUUUCCAUGAACCCAUGGAAUACGCUGCACCACCGCCAAUUUUUAGCCCUCGCAAACCUUGGAAUUACUUUCGCCCGUCUCAUUUCCGCUGGGCAAAGGCAGUUAGAACCCGCCGGACACAAGAGACAUACGAAAGAUUCCUUAUUGAAGGCAUUGAGAGUGAUCUGAGAAGUGUAAGACCACGUGCAGUCAGACCCGGAAUCGACCCUUAUCCCGGCGAAUAUUCGCGCUCUUGGCUCCGUUAUCUCAAAGUUAUCGAAGACUUCCGUGCUACUAUCGGAACGUACUAUGGGAAAGAAUUUAUCGUGAAAUCCUUUUGGGGGGUCAAAAGAGUAACUCAGCCAGAAAUCUUCAAGCUGUACUGCUGCAACCAUUGCCGUGAGUUAUUGCCAAUGAAUAAUCCCGGGAGAAUGUGCAGAAACUGCUAUUGUGGAUUUUGCGGCACGACUGUCCUCGAGAUUCUCCGGGUUAUCAAGGAUCAGAGAGCAGUGUUUGUCCCCUUGGGUAUCCUUGUCGAUGAAACGAUUGGCAAAGCCGACGAGAAGCAGAAAAAAUUGAAAACAAAAGAAGGAAACUAG